CGAAAAGUUGGGGUGUUGCUAAAUUAAACUAGGGCGGGGAUUGGGCGGGCCGUAUCAGUGUAGGUAAAUUAUAGCCCAUCCAGAUAGUCCGCAGCGCAGCCUCUUUCACUCCUCAUCGGGCAUCAACCAUUGUCGCCGCCGGUGUCCUCUGCUCGGGUGAUGGCUGAAGUCCUACUAGGCAUGCCGGGACCCUGGGCUGAUGAUUUUCGUGAAACGUCUGAUCAUUAUACUACAAAGAUUGGCGGAUUACCUGACUGGCCUCUCCCUGAGGAGCCCGUCACGCCUGAUCUGCUUAAGUGCAGUGCAUGUCGAAGUAGAUUAAGUCUUGUUGCACAGGUUUAUGCCCCAAUUUCCAGUAAAAUCGUACAGAUUGAAGAGCGUGUCAUUUUUAUUUUUGGUUGUCUAAUGCCAAAAUGUGGGAGCACUCCUCUUAGCUGGCGAGCGCUGCGUGUUCAAAAGCUACACAAUGAGGAGGAGGAACCAAUUACCUCUUCUCAGGAAGCGGUCCCUUCAACUUCAUCAGUACCGGUUUCAAACGCCAGCUGGUGGGAGGAUUUGGACGAUGAAAAUGAUGAAGAUAUAAAUCUAGAAGAGUUGGGUAAAGCAUUUAAUGAUGCUGCGAGAUUAGCUUCUACUGCCAAGAAACCACAUAGAAAUGAUCACAGUAAGACUUCUACAAAGCCAUCUUCUUCAAGUCAGUUGGAAAAAGUGGCAGACGUUGACACACCUGUGGUGCCUUGUUUUUAUGUAUACACUCAAAAAGAGUCAUCCUCAAAGGAUCUUACUUCUUUAUGUUCAAACUACUCGUCAUUUUCCAUUGCAAAAGAAGGAAAUGAUAUUGAGGAUCACGGACAAGAUGAAACGUGGGCAGAGGAAGCUUAUGAAUAUGAUAAAGCUUUGACAGCUGACAGGACAUACCUUAAGUUCAAGAAACGGUUGGAUGCACACCCAGAACAAUGUUUCAGAUAUUCAUAUGGUGGAAAGCCACUCCUGGCUACAUCAGCUGAAGGAGAUCCGGGGAGAUGUAGUCUAUGUGGUGGAUCAAGGAAGUACGAGAUGCAACUAAUGCCCCCAUUAUUAUAUUUUCUACAAGAAGCAGCUGAUGAUUGUCAGAGGCAGUCACUGGAGAACUGGAACUGGAUGACACUUAUGGUAUACACUUGUUCCAAGAGCUGCUGUCAACAUGGUCAAGGAACGUCCAAGCAUGGGAACUGGCUUGUGAUAGAGGAAGCUGUUGUGGUACAAGUCGAGAAAUCUUUUAAUGGGCUAGCUGAACAUGGUUAUUUGUCAUGAAUCGGUGCAGUCGAUGUAGCCUCUUCAUGGCUAUUAUACAUACAUAUAAGGGAAUAUUAAAGGCGUUGUCUCUUGGUUAUUGAUGGUUGCUGCUAUGUGGCACUGACACGGAAGAGCUCUUGUUCUGGACCUUCUGGUAAAGCUUGAAGAAUUUCAAAUUCGUCCCUGGUUAUGCUUAAGGAAGUCUUAUUGGCCAUUCGAAACAGGCUACCGAGACUGGUGAGAUGUGAUGUAUACAUGGUUUGCUUGCUAGAGAACAAUUAAGUUUUCCCGUUUCUGAAUGUAUGAUGCAUUAGGUUGAUAUUUUAGUAUUUGCCACAAUUUUUCUGCUGAGAGAAUGCAAAUACUUACUAGUAAAAUCUUGCCAC